UCGAAAAGGUAAGUUUUGACCCCUAUAAUUUUCGGAUCACUAGACUUUCAGCUAGGAAAUCCGAACAGAUGAAAAGUUUUUAGGGGAUUAAAAUAUGCCUAUAUCUACCGUGUAAAUACUAAAAUACGUUCAACAAUGCUAUGUUAAGUGGUUUUGAACUAUAUCCUCGUUGGGUGCCCCUGAAGUAUUAUUUUUUCGUCGCAAUUCCGAACGCUGCACCCGAACAAAUCACGCCCCUUCGGGAUGUCCGGUCUGAGCAUACACUGUGUUUCUUAUCUCUUUUAAUUUUUCCCACAGUAGCACUAAAAAGACUUCUUUUCUUGUUAGGAUCUCUGUGUUCAACAAAUUCUUCAUGGGAACACCACAUUCGAGCAGACCUACUGAAUAACUAUGACAGAAAAGUUCGCCCAGUCCGCGAGGGGAGGAAGGAGGUGACGGUGCAAUUUUCUUUACGAGUGGGUAGACUCGUCAAAGUGGUAUGUCAAAUAAUCUUUGGUACACCUUUUUAACUUGUAAAUACAACCUUUUUGAUAAUUUGUAAUUACUGCGUUUACUUCAGAAUUAAAACGUUGUUUGAUUGGUCAAAAAGAGUCGUGUGAAACGAGUGAUCUGGUACAAUAAGAAGCUUAAGGGAGGGUCAAGGGACAAUAGGCAACAACAACAACAACUUUAUUGACUUGAUCUUCGACAUGAAAAUUUCAUCACCAAAACAAUCAAUAUAAUUACAAAUGAAACAAAGUAAAAAUUAGUUAAGUAAGAAAGGAACAACAACUUCCCGCAGGGGUGGUCUUUUCUCAAAAGUCCCGCUGCUAAACGAACCAGGAUAGCAGCUAUUAUUAUUUACAUUCAAGACAGGGGUUUCAGCAUUUUUGCAGAGAAUGUGAUAAAACUAUCAGUUACCAAAACAAAAUGGACAAGUUUAGCUAGGACGCGCACUUUCAUUUCCGUCCUGAAGAGGUAGUGGGACUUUCCGUCGAGAAACGGGCCCCAAGGACGAGUCUGUGCAUAUGCAAAUUUCUGAUAACUUGCUAUAACAACCUAUGCUUUACGGUAAAGACGACUGAGGGCAAACAUCUUAUACUUGAAGAACCACAAGACCUUCUUUUUUAAAUACAUUUCUCUUUAUAUUUCUUUUCUCUAACAGGAUAAUCAAGAGCAAUUAAUAGUUGUAGAUACUUGGGUUAUACAGGUGAGAUAUUGCAAACUUAAUUAGUUCUUUCAGUACCCUGGGUGUCAGAGACUUUUCAGGUGAGAUUUUGUCAAACUUAAAUGUUCUUUCAAACGGCAAACAUGCCAUACCAAGAUAUUCCCCCCCUAACCGUUUAUUGACGGACACCGUGACAAUUCUGGAAAUUCUCCAGUUUGCCGUUUGCCGGUAUCAAAUCUUAAUCUCUGUGACCCGCGGGUCACACUGCCUCAAGUCACAUUCGAAAAUUCCCGCCGCGCGUGAAAAACCUCUGAUUGUCAUGGUCGAUUUCAGACCAUCCAUGCUUUUUUUGAAAACCGUGACUGUUUGGGAUAAGCCAGGUAUCGAUCUUACCGCGGGGGGGCCGGGGAAGGGAAGGAGGCGGGUGGGGGUCACACUGCUCAAGUCACAUUCGCUGUAACUACGGGAUUGUCAUGUCGAUAGACUAUCCAUGCUGUGAAAAAGAAAAAUACACUGUCUAUAUGAACCAAAUUCUGGUCCAUAAAAGGCUUAGGGACCGACAAAAAAGAACAAAGUGCAGCUUUUCCUGCAAAUGAAAAAGAAGAAAUACACUGUCUAUAUGAACCAAAUUCUGGUCCAUAAAAGACCCACCGACAAAAAUAAAGUGAGCUUUUAAAUGAUGGUUUUUGCGAACACUUUGGAUAUAACAAUAAUUGUAAAGUUUUUAGCCUUGAAAAAAUGGGUGGGAGAGAGAGCGAACACUGCCCCCAAGACGCCUCCAGCUAUGUUCCUUCCUAGCUACGCCCUUAGCUACACACCUGCUGCGCGCGACCCUGAACAUGACUUGAAAGUUACCUGGGACCAAUCCGCCGCCACAUGAUACAAUUUUACUGAAUUUAUUUCUCAGGCGUGGGACAACGAAUUUCUCACGUGGAACAUAAACGACUACGGUGGCUUAGAUCGCAUCCAUUUCGCCCCUAACGAAAUUUGGGUUCCGGAUAUAGCUCUAUUCAACAAGUGAGUGUUGGUAGCCUUUGUUUUUACGGAAAACGAAGAAAUUUUUUAUCAGUUUUAACUGGUAGUUUUGGUUUAACGAUUUUCGUUUUAUGUAUUUCCAGUGGUGAUGAUGAAAUCAACUUGGCGGGCGGUCCAUCGAAGUUCGUCACCGACGUCGCGGUGAAUAACGAAGGCAGAUGCCUUUGGAGCGGACCAGCCACAUUCAAAGUCAACUGCCAUAUGAAUGUUGGCAAAUGGCCUUUUGAUGCGCAGUCCUGCGAAAUGGCAUUUGGUUCAUACUCGUAUGGAAAGAAUUUGUUAAAAAUCAAGUUGUUCAAGGACAACAGCGCGUUUACAAGUAAGGAGCGAUAUAACUUUGCUAGGAGUUUAAAUGGCAAAUUUCGGUAUCGCCUAGGUUGAUACCAAUUAUCGCGAUUUUAACUUUAUUUCUAAUUCUUGGUAAAAUCCAAGAUGGCGACCAUUGUUAGUGAUGUGUCACAGACCUCCAGCAGUGCCACCACCCAUAAAAUAUACCUCAUCUUGUUAAGAAGAUCAAAGGCUUUCCACCAAAGGCGAAAUCGUUUCGAAAUACUGCAACAUAUAAAAAACAUCUGGGGAAGGAUCCAUCAACAGCCCCCCCUCCCCCUCGUACCAUGCACGGUGGGGGUAUGAAUUUGCGUUUACACCCGUGGGUUGAAAUAGAAAGCAAACUAGGGCAUCGAUACGCUAUUUCCACACGGCGCCGAAAGAAUUUUUGACACGAAUUGAAACCGCCUGAACCGUACCAAAAUUUAGACGUCUAGCCGGUUCAAAGUUCUGUUUAAACAGAACAUUUUGAAUGGUUCCGUAUGAAUGAAGUAGGCGGUGAAAUCGUUCAGCGGCGGUCGAAGAUUUCGCCCUGUGCAUUCAUUUGAGGAAUUAGCCUGAAACUAUAAUAGCUCUUCUUUGAAUGUCUGUUUUAGAAUUGUAUCUUUUUAAGGCAUCAAAGGAAACUAGAGCCACUCCUAUGGGAUUAUCCUCUCUAGCUUAAAACGAAGAAUGUGGAACGGGAACUUGAUGUGAAACGUGCUUGGGGCGGUAGCUCUGGGAAUAGUGAAGUGGAAAAAAGACAGCGCUCAUUCAUAGGGCUUUUAAUUUUCCUCUUUUCCCUUUGCCCGCUCCCCUUAGCGCAUCCCCACCUUUUCACCAAGGGGUUUUCCUCCCCAGCUCCUCAAAUGCCUUGUGGCUAUUAAUCGAACUCUGCCGAAUGAACGUACAUGUCCGGGUCAAACAUUGCCACCAUUUUGUACCGUUAGACAAGAAGACACUUUCGUCACAUUUUCUAUCUUUACCUAUGACUAAGCUUCGCCAUUCUUUCUUCAUUUCAGACCGUUUUGUAGAAAGCGGAAAUUGGCAGAUAGUAAACAUUUCAUCUAGAAUCACCGAAACCGACCACGGAGACUGCUGCAAGUUUAACUUCAGCGAAGCUGAGUUCAAAAUUUCAAUGCGACGCAGAUCGCUUUAUUACACGUUCUAUAUCACCAUCCCUUGCGUUAUUCUGACCGUUAUUGCCCUGACUAGCUUUCUGAUCCAUGUUGAAAGCGGAGAACGCAUUGGAUUCGUCACCACUGUUCUUCUCGCCAUGACAGUUUUCUUACUCAUCAUUCCUUCAUGGUUACCAGUCACGUCAGAAGCACUUCCGAUCCUUGGAGUACUCCUUGAAGGCACCAUGAUUAUAAUCACCCUAAUCCUGUUUGCCAAUAUCUUCGUCCAAUGGAUCUACUUCAGAGAAGGAACGCCUCCAGACUGGGUACAGACGAUUUCCCGCCUCUGCAGUAGAAGAAAACACAGAGGAAAGCAGCAGACUCGUGUUGGUAGCGCAGUGGCCUCAUCGCAUUUUGCUUUGAAAUCAACUGCUUCCGUUGGGGGCAUCGAGAUGACCGAGUCAAGCAGAAAUUCACCAGUCGAACAGAACAACCAGGGGAUGGAUGAAUAUUAUUACACGUGGCAAAGGGUGUCUACAAAAAUGGACCGCGUAUUUUUCAUAUUAUUCAUCAUUAUUUCAGUUAUCGUAUAUGGUGUGUACAUAGGAAUUUCUUUAUAGUUCUCGAAGUAGUUUAAUGUCCUUGCCUCGGUUUCAAGUGCGCUAUCACCUGCGCGUCUUUGCAGAAUCGCAUUUAAAUGAGUUUUCGAUAAACUAACAAAGAUAGAGUGGAGUAAAUUCUUGUUUAGUAAGCGAAUUAAUUCCCUUCGAUACAAACCUGACACGUGUUUUGUUCUGUAUUUAUUAGUUACAUAAAGUAUUGUAUAAACUGUGGAUGUAACAUGAAAUUUGGAAGUAGUUGUAUUUGUGUUUUGCGAAAAGAAGAGUAGUUCAGUGUUGUUGGAAAUAACUUCUAUCUCUGCUGGGGACAGAUUUAUGCGAUCUUCCCUUUAAGCGGCGGAAGUUAACACAGAAGGAAAAAUUUCAUGUAAAACAUCACAAAGAUUGACGUGUACGGUAUUCUUUAUUUGAAACCACGUGACAAGGCAGUCAUGUUAAAGGUCGAAACGACAUCUUGCUUGAAAAAAAACAAACAAACAAACAGUUUAGUUUCCUAAGAAGGGUAUCGCUGUUGUUCUUAUUAGCAAACAUGGCAGCCGCGAUGUCAGUUAAAAACCAAAAAAUUUCCGACUUGAAAAAACACCCUCACUUGCAAAACGAGGCUUAGUGCAACACCUUUCUUGUAAAAUGACUUUUUUUUACUUAGCCUCACUUUGAAACAGAGGCUUUGGACAUCUAGGAAAAGGCCAAUUCAUUCGUAAGCGCGUAGUUUGUACCGUUCACUUUUGUUUGCUGAUAUAAACCGUUAAUCUUGACGUGGGCUGCUGCCUUUUUAAUUUUUUAAAAUCAAUGUCCGACACAAAUAUCCCCGAGUAACGCAAGUUCCCAGUAAAAAGCGACUGACGGAUACAGUUGCUGCAGGCCGGCUUUCUUCUGCGGAAAUUUAUUUCUCGCGCGGAUAGAUUGCAAUAAGUACAAUCGGUACAAAAUUCAAAUAAUUAACAUUUCCAUGCCAUACGGUAGGCUAUUUUAUGGGUUUUGAGUGAAAAGGUUUUGUAAAAGAUCUGAUCUCCAGAACGAACCUCAACUGAUUAAACAUCACAGUUUUAUGGGAAGUGACCUGACAUCGCGGCUUCCAUAUAAAAAUGAUGAAAGGCUAUGUAUUCUCUGUAACCGUAAAACCACCGAAGAUGAAAGUCACUUUUUAUAAUUACUAGAUUGUCCAAAUUAAUGUUAGAUAUGUUCUAUACUAAAACAGAACCUAGCAUCCAGUUUACACGACUGUUAUCAAAAGAAACUUUAUUAUGGCAUCCGUGAAGAAAAUCAAAUGACUAUUUUAUAAACAUUCACUUAAAUUCGUUUAUUAAGUUCAUGAUGCAUCGAAUUGAGAGGUAAACUUCUCUUCGCAAUAAUCACUGUCCACUGUAUGAAUAAGGUGAAUAAA